UGAAUCACUGGUCAUUCACUGUGUUUAGCGGUUAUAUUACAAAACUUUCAACAGAAACCGUUUUUAAAAGUGUUGCAGUGCCUUUCGUAAAAAUAUAUAUAAACCAAAGUGUGAAGAUACUGCAAUGAUAUACUUAAUCAAUGGUGUAAGUUGACUAAGAAUAAAAAAUCUAUGUGAUGGAUAUUUGGUGCUUAAUAAGUUAUAAACCGUGCAGAAAAUGAAUAAAGGAGUUGCUAGGUCUCAGGUUGCUGCUGUUGCUGCACCGUCAAGGUGUGGUUCCACACAAAAUAUGUCUGCAAAUGUUAAAGUUGUAGUAAGAGUUCGUCCUUUGAACAAUAAGGAAUUGGAGCAUAAUAACCAAAUCGUAGUGGAUAUUGUAGACGAUAAGAUGCUGGUAUUUGACCCGAAAGAAGAAAUACGACCUUUUUUCUAUCAUGGUAUGCAACAACAAAAUAAAACCUUUUUGAAACGAGCAAAUAAAGAGCUAAAGUUUGUAUUUGAUAACGUGUGUGGGCCGAAUGCGACUAAUAAAGAUGUUUUCGAGACUUCUACUAAAGAUAUUAUAACUUCGCUUAUGGAGGGCUACAACUGCUCAGUUUUCGUAUAUGGAGCCACAGGUGCUGGGAAGACUUUUACGAUGAUUGGAAAUAUAGAAAACCCAGGAAUAACUUAUUUGACUAUGGAGCAUCUAUUUCACACUAUAGGUUCUUUCGGAAAUGAGCGGGAAUUUGAUAUUGGCGUCUCCUAUAUUGAAGUCUACAAUGAAAAUGUCUAUGAUCUGCUGAAGCCCUCAAACACGCCAUUACAACUCCGAGAGGACUCUAAAUAUGGAGUAAUGAUUGCUGGACUUACAUUAUGUAAUAUAAAUACUGCACGGGAACUAUUAAACUUGCUUGAGAAUGGAAACAAAAACAGAACACAGCAUCCAACUGAUUCUAAUGCUGAGAGUUCUCGAAGCCAUGCUGUCUUCCAGGUCUAUGUAAAAAUGAGAGGCAAGGCAAGCAGUCAACUUCGUAUUGUCAAAUUGUCUAUGAUAGAUUUAGCCGGAAGUGAAAGAGCAUCAGCUACUGGUUGUAUCGGAGACAGAUUCAAAGAGGGAGCUAAUAUAAAUAAAAGUUUGCUUUCUCUUGGUAAUUGUAUUAAUAAAUUGGCUGAUGGAAGCAGUUACAUACCUUAUAGAGAUUCAAAGCUAACGCGGCUUUUAAAAGAUAGUCUCGGUGGUAAUUGUAAAACAGUGAUGAUUGCGAACAUAUCUCCCUCAAAUACCAGUUAUGAAGACACUUACAAUACUUUGAAAUAUGCCGCCAGGGCCAGUAAAAUACAACUCAGUAUAAAGAAAAAUAUUGUAGAUGGUGACAUGAGAUUAUCUCAAUAUGUAAAGAUAAAUGAGGAGCUGAAGAAAAAGGUCAAGGAAUUAGAGGCCAAGUUGUCUUUGUCCACUGUCAAGGUUGUUGAUAAUAAGGACAAAUUAAUGGAGGAAUGGAAGCGUCGUAUACUAGAGGAGGAGUCAGCGCUGAGCCAGGUGGAGAGAAAGCUGGUGUCGCUGAUGUCCCGGCAGCGCGUGCUGGCGCUGCGCCACCGGCUGCGCACUCAAGCCUUCAGCCACGUCGCCGACCUCGCGCACAGGUCCUCAUAUGACGCUUUGCAACAGAUGUGUACAGAAGAAAUACCUCGUCACGAAAGAGCAGCGGAGAAUUACGUUAAACAAUCUGCAGGCCUAGAUGCUAAAAUCAAGAUCUGCUGGACGAAGUGGUGCGAAUGUCGACAGAGAAUGCAGAGUUUGUUCAAACAAGCUUUAUCAGAAUGUUCCUCUUUGUCGGACUUUGUUGAAAAAUUAAAACUACAGAGCGAAAUGAGAUUGAUUAAAGCUAGCGACGAUCUGAGGUAUAAACUACUAUGUAUAGAAAAUGAGGAAAUAAAAGCUUUCACAGAUUACAUGAGUGAUAUGCCGAGUAUGCUCAAAAAGUUGUAUUUGACUCUUAAGGGCUACGGACAAGCCCCUCCAGCACUCACAGCGGAGUAUCUAGAAAUAAUGAAAAAAGCUAAACUGGCUAAAGGUAUCACCUGGUGUGAUUCACAAGAUGAAGGAGAUGAUCAAUUCAAAUUCAUAUCAACAUUAGAUUUAGAAAAACCAAUCAUUAAUCUCGAGUUUGACAUCAAAAAGGAUGGAAUCGUUACAGAUUUAACGACGGAUAGUGAAGAUUUGACUGACAUAGAAAAUCGUGACCCAAUACGAAACUCCGCUAUGAAACGGAAAGGAACACCGACGAAACUCAAAACUGACGAAACAGUAUUAAUUGAUGACUCAAUAGAACUUUUAGACACAACCAGAACUCUUGGUUCUGCAAAGAAAUUGAAACAAGAAUAUGACAUUCCAGUUUAUGACAAUCCCAUAGAUCCCAGUAACUUGAACUCAACUUUUGUAUUGCCCGCGAAGUUAGAAAGUCUAAAAAAACAGCCGAUUAAGAAUGAAGUUAACUUAACAACAAGAUCAGCUUUUAUGAACAGGCCUAUGGUUUCUCAGAAGAUGCUCAACUUUAAUGAUAAAGGAGUAACAUUUAACAAACCAAUAGUAGGCAAGGCGAUGCCGUUACGUCGCGUUCCACCGACGUUAAACCCCCGCCCCACUGCCGGAUUCGGCUCCAGUCUAUCCAGAGACGGGACUCCUUUACAACGAAAUAUGCAAGAUGUUCCUCGAAUGAAAGUCAACGACCCACAAAGAUCAGUUGGCUACAAAUCGUUCCGGGCGCGAGAAAGAGUUCAAGCGCAUCCGUACACCAGACCCACGGGCGCGAAUACAUGGAGACAUUGAUAUAUUACAAGAUUCAAACUUAAUAGUGGCUAGUGAUUAAUUGUGAAUGCAUGUCUGUCCAUAUGGGUUAGUGUUGAUUGAGAGAAGUGUGGGCUGGCAUGAAUCCCCACACCUCUUUUACUACGUAUGUAGCGUCUCAUAUGAUAUUACGAGCCGCUAUAAAGUUUGGAUGAAACUAAUACAUGGACAAAGUUAAUACGGCUUAACGAGUUCUUUAAGGGAAAUUCUAACAAAAAUCAUUAUAAAAGCUUACUAGCACAUGUGGUUAAUGUAUAAGCUUUGUGUGGGCUAUAAGUAUACACGCAAAAAGAAAAAAAACCUACGUAAGAUAUAUUACGGUUUUUAUUGACACCUAAAUAUAAUUCAGAUUUCACAAUAUAAUUAUUCAUUUUUUUUGACGUUCCGGUAAGUAUAGUUUAUUAGUAUGACAAUUUAUCCAGAGUAAUAAAUUAUGUUUGGUUUGACUCUUUUUGCUAUUUUUUCUAUCUUUAUAGGUAUUCUGCGAUAAUUUACAUGUACUAAAAAGUUUGCUUUAUUGCAGAACAAGUUAUUUAUUUUAAACUCUCUAAACUUAAAUUGUGAUACAUUAGUACACAAGUGUUUAGGGUAUAAAGUUUCAGAAUAAAGACAAAAACUUGCAAUUGACUUGACUUAAAAUUGUAGACGAAAUGACAACGGUUUUGACCAAGUUUUGACGCCAUAUUGAAAGUUUUACGGACUUGAAAGCCCACCUAUUUAUGUUUAAAUAUAUUUCUACUUGGUAUAUUGCUACUAACAAAUAAUAUUGAAAUUUGUAUUGCUUGAUAAUGGUAGCUCCAUUUUUAUGUGAAUUAUUUUAGACAUCGUGUUGACGUAUUAUUAAGAUUGGAUAACAAUAUAUUUAAUUAUGUACUGAGUAAUGUGAUUUUUCAUACAUUAACACUGUCCUAAUUUUGUACAUAACAUUAUUAACUAAUUUUUAUUUGUGAGGUGUUAA